CUGUGCGUUAAAGUUUCCUUUUAAUUACGUCGAGCUUGUUAAGAGAAUAUUUAUUUAAUCAGGUUAUUUAUUUUCGUUGCGAACACGUGUGUUUGCUUUCUUUUGUUAAAAUGAGUGACACGGAAGACUUGACUGACGAGGAGAGGGAUGGGAGGUCGACAUCAAGAUCACGGAGUAGGAGCCCAGCUGAACUGGCCAAGUCUAAAAGCCGAUCUGCUUCCCGUUCAUUGUCAAGGACAUCAAACUUGUCAGGAUCUCGGACAUCGUUCUCACGAUCUCGAUCAAGGUCCAGGUCACGGUCACGUUCCCGUCGUCAUCGCCGUCGCUCAAAGUAUUAUUCACGAUCCAGAUCUCACACUCGGUCAUAUAGGAGAAGAUCCAGGAGCCGAUCUUACUCACCUGUGUACAGGCGACGAAGAAGCAGCAGCCACUCUCCCAUAUCCAGCAGGCGACGUCACAUUGGAAACAGGACCAACCCAAAUCCUAAUAAUUGUCUAGGAGUGUUUGGCCUGAGCUUGUACACCACUGACCGGGAGCUGCGUGAAGUGUUUUCUCGAUAUGGACCCCUUGCAGGGAUCAACGUGGUAUAUGACCAGCGAACAGGAAGAUCGAGAGGAUUUGCAUUUGUCUACUUCGAAAAUGUUGAAGACUCUAAAGAAGCAAAGGAACGCGCUAAUGGGAUGGAACUUGAUGGCCGACGCAUUAGAGUAGAUUAUUCCAUUACAAAAAGACCCCACACUCCAACUCCAGGAAUCUACAUGGGCAGACCAACAACCAGUGUUCGUUCCUCUCAUUAUCAUGACUCUUACAAUGAUAGAUAUGAUGAUCGGGAUUUCACCUACAGAAAACGUUCACCUUCACCCUGUUAUAGCAGAUACAGAUCUCGAUCUCGUUCUUACACCCCACGUCGAUACUGAUGAUGCACACCAAGUACUUCCUGCCAGUUUAAAUGGAUGGAAAGUUUUUCAACCUACAGGGAUUUUUUUUAAACUUAAGAUGGGAAUUCUUGGGCAUUGCAAUGCUUUUUUUUAAAGAAAAAGCUUUUUUGAUUAUAUUAAGCAAAGCCCUAUAAUCAAUAGUAUUUCAUUUUAAGAAGUUUUCUGGUGCUUCACUAAGUGGUAUUGCAUAUAUAUUGCAAGGGGAAGUCUGUCUUUUUAAUGACAUUCUACAUGCUGUAUGUGUUGCAUUAAAUCGUUAUUGCAGAAAUAUUUCUGGUAUAUGUGUUCCCAAAUUACUUUUGGAUUUUAAGCAUAGUGUCUUGACUUUUUGUGCACGAAAUGUUUUAUUCUGCAGUACUUUAUAAGAAAAGAUACAAUGAUAAAGCUACUGUUUGGGAAGUGGUGAUCUGCAAUAAAUGUCUUGGACAUGGUGAGGGACCUGGUUUCUUUAUACUGAACAGACCAUGAAAUCUAGUAGUUGCAGCCUUAACCCAGUCAGGUAUAGUAUAUCUAAAGCUAUGGUAGUGUAGUGAUUAAGUUACUGGAGUAGCAGUCAAUUCUGGGCUAUUGAUCCAAAGACAUGGGUUUAAAUCCCAUCAUGGAGUAGAAGAAUUUAAUCUCAAGAAAUCUGGAAUUAAAAUAAAUGCUAGUCUCAUCAAUAGUAAACACUGGAUUGUUGUAAAACUUCUGAUUUACUUAUGUCAUUUAGAGAAAGAAAUCUAUCUGCCAUGGCUUGAGUGUGACUCCAGAGCCAUCAACUCUCAGUUCAGGGACGAUUUGGGCGAGACCUGUGCUGCCUCCUGCUGACAAAAAAAUUUUAAAAAAAAACUUCUAUACAUCAUUCCACUUGUUCACGGUGGGGAGAAGCAGUCCUUCUCUUAAAUAUGCUUGAAAUAUUUAGUUCAGAAUAUUCUGUUCCUAAUUCAAGUCACUCCUGUGACACGCGAAAAUAAUUGUGAUUUAUGACAUGGUAGAAAUAAUACCUGCCCCAAACCAAUGAUAUUUUUCUCCUGACAUCUUGAUGUGCUUCAAGACUGAGUCACUAUUUAGGACUUCAUCCAAACUGCCAUUCUUGACUACAAGUAUAGACACAAUAUUUUACUGCAAUAAAAUUUUUCCAUGUCCAGAUGUCAUAACUCCCAUAGUUUUACCUGCUGAUUAAUUUUUCAUAGAGCAACUAUCAACAGAAUAGUUCAAAAUGACGCCAGUGUCCUCACUGAUGACCAAAUAUUCUCAAUGCCUUUUGACUGGGAGUUUAGCUCUUAGAGCAUUCUCCAAAGUGGGACCAGUUAUACCAUACACAACUUGAUCAAUCUCCAGCAAAGAUUCAACCUGGGAUUUCCUGAUGCAUGCACCUCAGCUACACAUUGUCACCAGCCAAACCAAAGAGCAACACAGAAGCUUCACCUGGAAAGGCUACUUACUGGGUUUUGAGGGAAACUGCCACCCAUAUAACAAUCAGUAUCCUCAGGAUCAUGAGGAAAAUGAUAAUAGUGAAUUGAGUAAGGUUGUUAGAACUGGAGGUUUUACAGACUGGAAUCUGCAAUUCAGCUAUAUUACUUUUCAAUUAGAAUUGUGACCGAUGUAUUAGCCUCAAGCUAUGGGACUGGUCUUCAAAUCUUGUGCUGCUCUGACUUAAACAUCUUUCAACAGAAAGAAAUGAAGACUAGUUUUUUGACCGUGGCUGUAGAAGUGUUGGACAUUUUAGUUGCAAGAAUGAUAUCAAAUGUACCUUGCACAAUUAUGGGCAAGUUAAUGAAUCUGAUUAAUUUGAGCUAAAAAUUUGAUCUUUAAAUGAUUAGGUAGUUAACACCUUGCUUUUUAAAGUAUGUUGUAAAACAAAAGCAUAUAAUAUUUGUUCAAUAGAGUAGCUUUUUACCCUACAGCUUUGCCAAUGGAUAUCACUGAUUAAAAGUUCGGGGGCUCAAGAAUUGCUCCAAAGGCCAGUACAUGAACACACUAAGCACAGACUGCAGCGUUGUCAGGGGAGCUAUCUUGUGGAUGAGACCUCAACUAAUGUGGAGAUUAAAAGAUUCCUUGGUUUCUCACAAGUAUCUUGGAUCCAGUGGAUAUCAUUCAAUCCACAACACUAAGGACUGAUUAUUAUUUUACGAGCUGUAGGACCUUGUGCCUGCAAAUGGGUUGUAUUAUUUCCUACUUUAAAAAAUAAGUAGACUUCAUUGGUGGUAAAUGACUUUGUAACGUGCUGAAGGGGCGAUAAAGUAAUGCAACUCCACCUGAUGGUUUAUUCAUCUCCCUUAAUUGCUUGAAUAGUGAACUUUGGAGUGUCCUUUAUUAUCCCUUGAUGUUUUUUGUUGUAUUUGCGCGCCCUUCGUCGAGCGAUAUUGAGUGAGUGAGUUCACGCGACGCAGAGGACCCUCUCGCGUAGUUUCGUGGGAUCAGAUAACAGGCGAUGGCUCCACUGCAGUAAAUUCACGGAAAGGCAACGCCAUCCAUGUUCUAGCUGUUAACAACAAAAUGCAACUUAUUGGAAAGCGAAACCAGCUAAUAAAGUGUAUUGGAUAAGACAGCUGUGU